ACAUGCACACAAAUAAUAAUUCGUUCGAAAGACUAUUGAUCGAAGGCUAGUGUUGUCAACGAUAGAUUAUUACCUUUUAUAUGUUGUGACCGAUGGGAAGUGGGACCUCUAAAAGAACCGAACAGGCAGUAACAACCCAUGCAAGGUCAAAUGGUAAACAAACAGCAAUUGAAAAUAUUUACCAUUCAGAGGAACGUCACGGUAAACUUUCCACAGAUGCAAGAUCCUCAAACGGAAAUGUGAAAGCUGAAUCUAACGCGACCACCAGAGAAGAAAAACCCGUGACGGAUCGUUUCUCGGCAGAAAAUGAAGAGAUAACUAAAGAUAGUAAUGACGAAAAGAUAUUUAUAUCUUCGUUCUGCGAAAAUGAUCCUCAACUUGAAACACGAUUAAGUGCCACAAAUAGGCAUUAUCAGUCCUUGAAUGACGCUUUUCAUGAUGAAAAUUUUUUGACUGAAACGUCACUUGAACAUGCCAAAGCUUUGAUUGAUGUUUACUCAAAGUGUAGGAAAAGAUCAAACAAAACCGUUGUGACAGAUUUUGCUUUGGCAUUGGGAAUACAUAAACUUGUUUACGAUAUAAUUGAUGAUCGUAGAAGUAAUUACCCCGACAUAACAACCUGGGAUAGGAUAGUUCGUAAGGAUACGGAGAAAGAAGGGCAGGGCAAUCAUGAGGAGACAAAUGACAGCACUCUUGCCGGUGACGAGAACCAGAACCUUGACAGUACCUCACCAGAUGUUGAACAAGUUAAAGAAGGAGAGAUCCACAAGAAAACCCAGGAGAGAGGAAUUGCUGACCCUCCAGAAAGCGCCAAGGACGAGGAAACAAAUAAUACACAUGAUCAGAAACCACAAGAGGGAGAUGAAAUCCAAAAGACAAUUCAAGAAGGUGCAAGUGAGGAAGACAAAACUUCAGAAGAGGAUGAAGAGAAGAUAACAGCACUGAAGAUGUCGCAGGAUCUUCUAAACCAUCUGUUAGCGGCAAUUAUGAACUUUACUGACCUUCAUGAUUCAUUCUGUUUGGCAUGCAAUGAUCUUGGGAUGGUGCAAAUUCUCAUUGGUAUGACAAAGGAUCUACAAGAUACAAUACCCUAUCAUGUAAAAUAUGUGAAUCCCAAAACCCAGUACUUAUCCAAGUACUCAUCACGAGGGAAAAUGUUAAACAGGACCCUGGGAGUCCUACAUAAUUUAUCCAAACGUGUGCCAACCAGGGUGAACUUUGCUGUUUGCCAGGCAUUAGAUGUGCUUAUUCCUCUUCUUAAAGCAGAAGUGGCUCUGUUUGGUGCAAAGAGCCUGCUUGUAUUGGCCUGCCUGAUUGAUGAAGAUAACAACCAUUUGAUCAUGGCUGACGAAGGACCAAUCAAAUUCCUUACAAGCAUCCUGAAGAAAGCUAUUGGAUCAACCACUCACAGAUAUUUGGGACUCUCUGCAUCGGAGCUAGCAGAGGGACUGGGGCAAAUUGCUGUUAACGAUAGCAACAAGAAAACGACUGGCCAAUGCGAAGCUGUCCCAAUCCUGGUAAAAAUGCUACAAAAUGCAAAAGGCAACGAGGAGACACUGAAUGCUUGUAAUACACUUUGGACAUUAGCUUUUGACGAGACAAAUAGACAAAUGAUUAAGAGCGAUGACUACGCAUUGUUUGAGCUGCGGAAACUUCUAACAACAAGUGAAGAUAGCCAGAUAAAGAGAGCCGCCGCUGGUGCAUUAUGGGAAUGUGAAGGUAAAGAGAAACACGCUGAGGAGAAACAGGAAACAGUCACAUUGCAACAAGUAUCAGAAGCGAAGCACGUGAUGAUCAGUUACCAAUGGGAUGUGCAAAACCUCGUGAUUCAGAUCAAAAACAAACUUCAAGCGGACGGCUUCAAAGUUUGGAUGGACGUCGACGAGAUGGGCGGCUCUACUCUGGAAAGUAUGGCCAGGGCUGUGGAGAAUGCGAGUGUUGUGUUAGUCUGUGUGUCUCAGAAAUACAAGGAGAGUCCUAACUGUAGAUCAGAGGCGGAGUACACGUUUCAACUUCACAAAGACGUUAUCCCUUUGAUGAUGGAUGGUAAAUACAAACCCGAUGGUUGGCUCGGCUUCAUUGUGGGAUCAAAAUUCUGGAUUGACUUCAGUGAAAAACACAAACUGGACUCUAACCUUGGCGCACUCAUAAGGGAACUGGGAAAUAGAGGAAAAAUUGAGCUGCACGAACCUGUUGCUCAAGGCUUAGGAAUUAAACCAGCAGCCGCACUUGUUGAUGUUGUUGAUGCCUCGCCCCAGACCUCCAUCAAGUCGUGGACGUGUGGCGAUGUCAAAAAGUGGCUGAAUGAUGUUGGACUGGAAAACAGAUUAGAUCCAAAGGCUGUGCAGCAACUAGAUGGUCAGAUGUUAAUACGUCUUCGAGAUCUCAGAAAAGAGACAAGCCCGGAUUUCUUCUAUGCAUCAGUUAAAGCAGAGUUCAAACUGGAAAGCUUGUUUGAUUUGUUAAAGUUCGCAGAUGCUUUGGAAAAACUGGAUGCAUAGGUUUGCCGUCGAACAUGCUUCUGUUUAGAGGCGAUUUACCCAUGGAGCAAUGUGUUUGCCACUAAUACAUCAUCGGUCCCCCUUAGUACCUUCUCUUACCAAUGAUUGGUGUGGCGCGAAAAGUCUAAACCACGACUUAGCCGGCCAGUAUCACAGUAUAGUGAAAGGGCGUCUCCAGUCGAGUUCACCUCGUCACCAGUGUUGAAACGAGUAUGUGGGGCACUUCGUAUACAGCUGUUUUUGGUGACUUUAGAGAUAACGCCAUGAAGCCUUUGGAACGAAGGAAUAUUUACAGCUGAAGUCGCGCUGACGCAAACGUGCUCUGUUUGUGGCUUCUUCACUUUUACGGAAUAGAAAUAAGGUUACCCAGUUCCAGGCUCUCAUUCACUGGAAAAGAAUAAAGAGCGGGCAAGCAAAAAACGGCGUUUGCAGUCGUGAGGGAAACGACUGCGGAACGUCAAUUUUUCUUUUCCUGACCCACGGCCUCAGCCGCUCGUCACAGGCCAGAACAAAGCUAAUUUUUAAUUAAUUUUUUCAAUUAAUUUUCUGAAAAAAAGAAUAUACAUUCAUAUAUAUAU